AACGACUGCAUAAAUAAUGACAUGUUCCGCGGUGUAUAAAUACUACUGGAAACUAUUCAUCCUUCUGAAGAACUGCAAUCAACUAACAAGCAAAAUGCGAUACAUGGUACUCAUUAUGAUCGCCUUUGUCUAUGGUGUCAACGCCAGUAUUAGAGGUGGCGGUGGACGAGGUGGAUCGGUUGACCAGCUGCAGGAUGUCGUUGCCAAGAUGGAGGAUGGUCCUGUGGACGAAGUUACCCUGCUGAGGAGAGGUGCACAAAUCAUUAAACGAAGAAUACAGAACUUAGAGGGUGCUAGUAGUUCGAUUGAAUCGGAGGAAGGGUCUAUGUAAUAAAGGAUUGUGCUCGGAUGCACUUCCGUUACAUCGUUCAAGACAUGGAUUUGCACCGUUACCUCCUGAUCCAAUACCGAGCUAGACAGCCAAAAGGAAUCACUCUAUGUGACGUCAGUACUGUGCGCUGACGUCAUAAUGAAAUGGAAAUGAGGCCAAGAUACCCUUGACGUCAUACAAACACACAUCAGACUGUGAUGUCAUGAAUAUCAUGCUUUGUUAUUAAAGAUUCAUUGUCUUCA